AGAUAUAUCUGGAAUCAUAUUAAAAAAUGAUAUUAUACAAAUUAAUUUACCGCUGGUUGAGCGCCCGCUACAAUGAUCAUACAUCCAAUGUUUAUUCGCUAUUACCCAUAAAUUCCAUUUCAUCAAAUAUUUGCUUGAAUACGUCAGUAUAAGCACUGACACCAUCCACAACCGGAAUCCAUUUUCUAUUGUAAAUACCGCUCGCAGUAUUUUUAUAAUAUCUGCUGUAGUGUGUGCGAUUUAUAUACAGCAUCAUAAAAGGACUUGGUUUAAGGCAGACAUUUUUAACACGCACCCAAACAAGUUACCUCUGACAUGCAGGCCACGUCUUAUCCCACCCAGCCCGGAGUCCCGGGCCAGACUGUCUACGUCCACCAGCCCGCUCCAGUCAACUAUGCCACCAGGGUGCAGAACCCUAACUCGUCGAGCGGUGUGUCGCAGAACUUUAACGGGGCUGCCGGAAGAGCGACUGGUUGGAUUCAGCUAUUCCUCGGCAUUGGGAGCAUCGUCGUCGCCAUUGCCGAGUUGGUCCUCCACACCUCAGUAGGCUAUGUCGCCAUGGGAAUUUGGGCCAGUGUUCUGUUCUACAUUCCUACCGGAAUCUUAGGAAUAUGUUCGAUGCAGAAGAACACUUGUGUGAUCAUCGGCUAUCUUACGAUGUGUAUCAUCACGGCAAAUGUUGCUUUUGCUCAGAUGGUUGCUGGUGGCAUUGGGGCAGGAAUCAUCAGUAACUAUUUAUAUCUCUACUAUGGCUACAAUGAACCAGGGUUACGGGAGGCAAGUAUCGCAUCUGACUCUCUGUUGGCCAUCCUUGGACUGAUUGAGAUGAUUGUAGCCAUUGUGGCUUCAGCCUACUGCUGUGGUGGCAUGGCCUGUGGCAACUCGUCUUCACUAACCACCACCACUGUGUAUACCCAACAGAACACUCCGAUGGUUGUGACGACCGGCCAGUACACUCAGCCAGCGGGAAUCGCUCAACCCCCUCCCGCGUACAACGUUCAGCAUGCGUAUCCCCCUGCUGGCCAGCCUGUUGCUCCAGCUCCCUACAACCAAGCUCCUGGUGCCCCGUACAACCAGGCUCCUGCUGCCCCCAACAACCAGGCUCCUGCUGCGCCGUACAACCAGGCUCCUACUGCCCCGUACAACCAAGCUCCUGCUGCCCCGCAUUACCAAGCUCUGGGUGCCCCGUACAACCAACAAGCAGCUGCUGCACCGACCAAACCUGGCGAGGUGGUGGCUUAAAUGUGUUAAGAAAAUGGGUCGUAUUUAUAAAACUAGCAAUUACCCCGACAUGCACAUACUUACAUCGGGAAUAACAAGCAAUAUGCAAAUGCUUGAUCAAUAAGAAGCAUGCCUUUUUCGAGACACACGGUCAUUCAGAGAAAAGUAGUUUAUCCCUGCAAACUUUUAAAUAUUCUGAAGAGAGUGGUUUGGAUUCUAAACCGCGAUACAGUAUACAUAAUUUUACAUCAUUUCGUAUUGAAUUCAUGCAAUUGGUAUUUAAAAGAAAGCAAAUGUAACGGCUGAACAGAUGUAUUUUGAUAGAUAUGUUGCAUAAAGUCAAGGAAAAACAGUCAUGCUAUCAUGACAGGCUUAUUACAAUUCAAGCCACGUCAAGCCAUUGCUUGAUGAUGAAAACAGUUAUUCAAGCAAUGAUUACUAAUUAUUUUUCUAGUAAGAAGAACGUCAUUCCAGCUAUUUGCCAGCAACUGCUAUGCUUUUUCUAGUUUCAUGAAUACGACCCAUUUCACCUACUUGGUUGACCCGUCCCCUUUAAAAUAGGGGGCGCGGCUUACAUGAAAUAACAUAACAAACUCUAUUAUAUCGACUAGGAUGAAAGUAAAAUUAUUGUCUUCUAUUCAUUACGCGGGGCUGAAAUUCGCCCCCCCCCCUCCCCCCCCCCCAAAAAAAAAAAAAUAAUAAUAAUAAUAAUUCAAUCUCACGUUUUAAAUAAAGAACCCUUUUCUUACUUUGAUUAUGGGGCUAAACAUCAAGUUACUUCUCUUGAUGACUGCAUAGAAAGAUCUAUUAAAAGAACAACAAUAUCAACAACAACAAACAACUUUAAUAGCAAACAAACAGCAACGACCAUCUCAACUUUAAUGUCAGUUACAAACGGUCCUCAAUCCAGUUAGAACAGGUUUAAUAUUAUGGAAACAUCGCUGAAUAUUACAGCACGAAAAAUAUUUAACCAAGCAAGUUGUAGAUGAAAAUGCCUAUUGCAUUUGAAGAAAAAAAUGGGAUCAUUUUCCCAAUCGUUUUAUAAACCAUCUAAAUGUUAAUUGGGGAGACCAAAUAAGAACAUAUGAAAUUGUUAUUACAAAAAUGUAUGAAUGCUUUAUUCAACUUUAAUAUGGAUUAAAAUCUGUGUUCAUGUUGAUUCUGUAUCACUUUAACCUUGAAAAUAAGCAGCCUUUAUUUAGUUGCCUGAACUGUAGUGGAAUAUAUUCAUUUAUCAAAGUAUUUUAUUUUACCUGAUGAUAUAUUGAUGUUGUGCCUUUUGAUCUUUUGACUGUCAUUUAGGAAGUAAUCAAUUCGUUAAUUAAUUCAGUUGACGACGAUAGAUAAGAAGAAAAAAAAUAUUUGAAGUGAAACUAAUUGCUGAUAUUUGUGUGAAAUUGAUCUUUGCUGAAACUACGCUGUAAAUUUGAGGCUUUGUACAUUUAGCUGAAUUCUCACAUUUUAAAAGGGACGUAUUGUAGAAGAUAUCUUUAAUAUUUGUUUUUCUAUGUUUUUUGUAGAUAAAAUCUUUGAGCAGCUGUAAAUUUAUAGCUUUAGUACUUUAAAUCUUUAUUUUAUAGAAUAUAUUAAAGUUACAGAAAAGUGAUAUUUUUAUUCCUUAGAUUUUACGUUAUCAAUUUUGAAUGUAUAAUAAUAAUAAUAUUGGAUUCCUUUCGUAGCAUAUCAUAAACAUUGCAUUCAGCUAGCAUGAAUAUUGCACUCUUUUUCGACUCGUGCAAUAUUCGGGAGCUAAAUACAACUUAUCUGAUAUACCUCUCAAGGGCUGCCAAUAAGUAUAUGAUUCGAGAAAUUCAGAAUAACUCACGUGAUAUUACAUUUCACCAAGGUUGAAAGCACAAUUUUACUUCGAAAGUGUGCCUAACACAUGUUUUACUUUAUAUGUACGGUAGUUUGAGAAUCUACCAACCUAGAAAUUUAGUAUGCAAGCUUUUAUCCACUCUUGUGGACUUUCCCAAGCCAUGUGUUUAUUCUCUCAGUGUCUUGCUCUCUGCUGCCUCAAGAUAACUGAAGCGAAGAUAGGUGACAGGGAACAACCAGAGUCCUUAUUCAGAGAAGGAUAUACCCUUUUUAAAAUGAUAGAUAUUUUUAAAUUUGUAAAGAUUUGUCAAUUAGAAUAGUGUAACUAUGAAUUAAGCACAAUAUUCUAAAUAUAGGAUUUCACGUCCAUUUUAACAGUUUUUUCCUUUCAAAUUUAUCUUUGUGCACUUUAGAUUCGUGUUAGGAAUCGUGCAAAUGUCAAAGUUAAUUUAGUCAUUUGUCAUUCAGGUAAGUCAAUGGUUGAUCUAUGUCAACAUUUGUCCAUGCAUUUUUGGCCGUUUUCAUUCGAAUUCGUCUCACCUGACGGUUCGCUGCAUAAUGUGAUAAUAAAAUUAGUUUUUGUGUUCUCAAUUUCAAGAGAGCUUCAUUUAAAUUCGUCGCAUGGACAAGACCUUAUAAUGAAUGAAUGACCCUUUAACGUAAUCGAUUGAAAAUGAUGAAAUUGAUGCAGGCAACUGUACGUUGGCAGCCGAGGAUGAGGAAGUGUAUGUGACUUUCACGAAAUUGGAUGCAAAUUGAUAAAAUCGACUGGACAAACUUGGAAAACAAAUGACCGAAGAGGAAAUUGACUAUAACAUGUGCAAGAUAAAUAAAUUUCUGGACGAAAAUUGGUUGAAAAAAAUAAGAAUUUAAGUUUUUUUAAAAGUGUAAAAAUGUACAAGACAACCUCUAUUUUAAAUAUUGACACAUGAGACAUGCUGAAAGAAGGCGAAUGGAAGCUUUCAAUAUGACUGUAUGUUAAAGAUGCAUGAUACCCCACCCCCCCCCCCCCC